CAGUCCGAUACUUACCUGCCAUUGGUAUUCCAGUCGUAUUCCCCUAUGGUUUUCGUCGGAUGUUGUGGUAUCGGGGUAAAUGAGCUGUCGGGUGCUCCACGCCAGGAUACUUUAGUAGAUGGCAUCAUCACCCUCUCUCCCCCGCCCUUCCCCUCCAUUCGGGUGCAGUGUUUCUUGUCUGAGCAAUGAGUGGGCUGUUCUAUAAAGUCCCUCGAUUCUCCAACGUAUUGGCUCGUUGUUCCUCCAGAUCUCCUUUUCCUCUCUUCACUCCCACUACUUUUCUGUCUGCGCAAUUGUUCUCGUCGUCUGCCAAAAUGAGUAACUCCGAUAUCACCUUGUAUACCGCUCAGACCCCCAAUGGAAUCAAGAUCUCCAUUGCGUUGGAAGAGCUGGGUCUGCCCUACAAGGUCGAGAAGAUCGAUAUCUCCAAGAACACCCAGAAGGAGCAAUGGUUCCUCGAAAUCAACCCCAACGGCCGCAUCCCGUCCCUAACGGACACAUUCGAGGACGGCAAGAAGAUCCGGCUGUUCGAGUCCGGCGGCAUCCUGCUGUACCUGGCCGAGCGCUACGACAAGGACUACAAGAUCUCGUUCCCGCGGGGCACGCGCGAAUGGUACGAGAUGAACAACUGGCUGUUCUUCCAGAACGCCGGCGUGGGCCCCAUGCAGGGCCAGGCCAACCACUUCGUGCGCUACGCCUCCGAGCACGUCCCCUACGGCAUCAACCGCUACGUCAACGAGACCCGCCGCCUGUACAGCGUGCUGGACAAGCAGCUGGCCGACAACAAGUCCGGCUACCUCGUCGGCGACCACAUCUCGCUGGCCGAUAUCUCGCACUGGGGCUGGAUCACGGCCGCCGGGUGGGCGGGUGUCGAUAUCGAGGAGUUCCCCAACGUCAAGGCCUGGGAGGAGCGCUUGCUGCAGCGCGAGGGCGUCGAGAAGGGUCGCCAUGUGCCCUCGCCGCACACCAUCAAGGAGCUGACCAAGGAUAAGGAGGCUGCCGAGAAGAGUAUGCGCGAGACGCGGGAGUGGGUGUUGAAGGGCAUGCAGAGCGAUGCUAAGAAAUAGAUUCCUCUUCUAUCUGUCUUGUUGUGAGUUGGGGCUGGUGGCUUGAUGCCUGCCCGCCGCGCUGAGGGGGAAAGUGCAUAUUGUAAUAAUCGAUGAAUCAUGAAUAAAGCUAUUUUCAGA